AUGGACGGGCAGAACAACGCGCAGGCAGGCGGCGAGGCCAGUCAACCGGGCGGUAGUGGCGAGCGGCGGGAAGUGCCGAACCGGCAGUUCUUCCUGCAGGUGGCGAACGCGUCGACGGCCAUGCAGGUGGUGGCCGGCGAGAUAUCCGCGCUCUGCCGCCUCGCCGCCGACGGGGUGGCCAUAUCGGCCGUCAGUCCGCUGUUCAACACCUUCGCCGCCUAUCCCAGCUUCGACCCGCUUCACUUCAAGGCCGCGGCCCUCGCAGUUGCCGCCGCCGCCUCUUCGCUCCCCACUGCCGGACCGACCGCUGCCCCUGGCCCAGACUCGGCGGUCGCGGCAUCCCCUGCGGCUGCUGCUGCUGGCAAAGCGGUUGCGGGGCCGAGCGGCGGGAAGGAGGAGAAGGCGAAGAAGGAGAAGCGGCCGCUGUCCGCCGUGCAGAUGGCGAUGACGCAGUUCCUCUCCGAGGAGCGCGACCGCCUCCUCGCGCAGGGCGCCGCCGCCACCCCCGGCGAGGCGUACCAGAUGGCGCGGCGGCGGUGGAACGAAAUGCGCGAGGCGAACGGGCAGGGUAAGAAGAAGGGCAAGGGGAAGAAGCAGGGUGAGGAGCGCGAGGAGCACGACGAGCAUGGGAAAGAGCAUGACGAGGAGCGCGAGGAAGGCAAAGAAAGGGAGGAAGGUGAGGAGGUUGAGGAGGUGCCGAUUCAGCUGGGCGACGCGGUGAUGGAGGAUGGGGAGGAGAAGGAGGAGGAGGAGGAGGAGGAGGAGGAGAAGACGGAAAAGGAGGAGAAGAAGGAUAAGAGCAAGGGCAAGGGGCAGUAUGGUAGAUUCGUGUGUGUUCUUUAA